AUGGAUUUCAGUAAACCUGACAUCUCGGAAAACUGUGGAAAAUGUUGUUCGUUGAUUCAGAGCUAUCAAAAUGGAACGAGGGAAGAGGGGGGAGUGGUGCUGGCGAAGGUGUCGCCUCAAACAGCUUCAAAUCCCAUAGAACUGCUCCAAACGCGUUUCAAAGAGUUGGAGAAUGGCUUCAAGCUUUGGCUUUCCAAGCAGUCUUUACCAGUCGAGGCUGCUGUCGUCACUGCCACCAGCGGCCAAGGCGCUGCUAUUGGUGCUUUUAUGGGCACUCUCCUACUAACGAUGCUUCUUCCCUUUCCCACGCCGCCUGAGGCUUCUCUCAACCCUCAAGCCAUGGCCUCUCUUAAGCAAGCUCAGGCUCUUUCUGGGGGUCCUUUGGUGCAAGCUCGCAACUUUGCUGUCAUGACAGGAGUGAAUGCUGGUAUAUCCUGCGUCUUGAAAAGAUUGAGGGGGAAGGAAGAUGUCCAGUCCAGCAUGGCAGCGGCUUUUGGGUCUGGGGCCAUGUUUUCAUUGGUAAGUGGCAUGGGGGGACCAAAUCAAGCAGCAAACGCAGUCACUUCUGGACUUUUCUUCGCUCUUGUUCAAGGUGGACUCUUCCAGUUAGGACAAAAGUUCUCUCAACCGCCAUCUGAAGAUAUUCACUAUGCCAAGACGAGACAUAUGUUGCACAACCUUGGCCUUCAGAGUUACGAGAAAAAUUUCAAGAGAGGCUUGUUGACAGACAACACUUUGCCUUUACUCACGGACAGUGCUCUCAGAGAUGUGAAAAUCCCUCCUGGACCUAGGCUGUUGAUUCUUGAUCACAUCCAGAGGGACUCAGAUCUGAGAGGGAAGCGAGUAGGCCGGAAUUAAAUGGGAUGGAGUUUGCUGCCACCGAAUUUAUAUACUGCUUAAAAACCGAUGGAAGGGGUGUUAGCAAGUUUGCGUUUUAAAUAAGUGCCAUUUUUCUAUAUUCUGCUUUAGAUUCCAAGGUUGUUGGCUUGCUGCAUUAAUUUUUUCAGAUAAUUCGGCGAACUUGAGUAUAGUUCCCGGCCAAAAUAUGGCAAUUUUUCUUUUCUGAAUCAUGCUAUAAUUGUAUUAGGAAGAUUUAAACUCUUAACACUAUUUAGGCUACGUCCGCAUGAGUUGCCUUGAGAAAUUCAUGUUACUAUUGUGUAUCCCGGUC